GGGGCGGGGCCCACUUGGCUUCUUUCGGCGUUGGCCCGGGGGCUCGGCGAGGGCGCGCGGACCCCGCACUGGAGCCGGAGCCGGUAUGGGCCCGCCCGGCCCUGGGCUCCGAGCCGCACGAGCACCAGCCUAGAGCCAGGACUGAAGCUUCAAGAUGGCUGACCAAGACCUUGGGGGUAUCAGCCCCCUCCAGCAAAUGGUGGCCUCAGGCGCUGGGGCUGUGGUCACCUCCCUCUUCAUGACACCCCUGGACGUGGUGAAGGUUCGUCUGCAGUCUCAGCGGCCCUCCAUGGCCAGCGAGUUGACGCCUUCCUCCAGACUGUGGAGCCUCUCCUAUACCAAAUUGCCCUCCUCUCUCCAAUCCACAGGGAAGUGCCUCCUGUACUGCAAUGGUGUCCUGGAGCCCCUGUACCUGUGCCCAAAUGGUGCCCGCUGUGCCACCUGGUUUCAAGACCCUACCCGUUUCACUGGCACCAUGGACGCCUUCGUGAAGAUCGUGAGGCAUGAGGGCACCAGGACCCUCUGGAGCGGCCUCCCCGCCACCCUGGUGAUGACUGUGCCAGCUACCGCCAUCUACUUCACUGCCUACGACCAACUCAAGGCCUUCCUAUGUGGUCGAGCCCUGACCUCUGACCUCUACGCACCCAUGGUGGCUGGCGCUCUGGCCCGCUUGGGCACCGUGACUGUGGUCAGCCCCCUGGAGCUUAUGCGGACAAAGCUGCAGGCUCGGCAUGUGUCGUACCGGGAGUUGGGUGCCUGUGUUCGAGCUGCAGUGGCUCAGGGUGGCUGGCGCUCACUGUGGCUGGGCUGGGGCCCCACUGCCCUUCGAGAUGUGCCCUUCUCAGCCCUGUACUGGUUCAACUAUGAGCUGGUGAAGAGCUGGCUGAAUGGACUCAGGCCGAAGGACCAGACUUCUGUGGGCAUGAGCUUUGUGGCUGGUGGCAUCUCAGGGACGGUGGCUGCAGUGCUGACUCUACCCUUUGAUGUGGUGAAGACCCAACGCCAGGUCGCGCUGGGAGCAAUGGAGGCUGUGAGAGUGAACCCCCUGCAUGUGGGCUCCACCUGGCUGCUGCUGCGGAGGAUCCGCGCCGAGUCUGGCACCAAGGGACUCUUUGCAGGCUUCCUUCCUCGGAUCAUCAAGGCUGCCCCCUCCUGCGCCAUCAUGAUCAGCACCUAUGAGUUCGGCAAAAGCUUCUUCCAGAGGCUGAACCAGGACCGGCUUCUGGGCAGCUGAAAGGGGCAUGGAGGCAAGGACCCCAUCUCUCCCAUGGAUGGGGAGAGGGCAGGAGGAUACCCAGCCAAGUGCCUUUUUCUCAGCACUGAGGGAGGGGGCUUGUUUCCCUUCCCUGCUAGCGACAAGCUCCAGGGCAGGGCUGUCCCUCUGGGCGGCCCAGCCCUUCCUCAGACGCAGCUUCUUCCUGCUGCUCCAAUCGUGGGGAUCAUCACUUUCCCACCCCCCAAGUUCAAGACCAAAUCUUCCAGUUGCUCCCUUUGUGUUUCCCUGUGUUUGCUGUAGCUGGGCCUGUCUCCGGAAACCGAGAAACCCUCAGCCUGGCAUAGUCUCCCUGACCCCUGUUAAUUCCUUCAGUGUAAAGAUGAUGAACUUCU